AUGAUUAAUGAUUCAAAAAUUGAUAGUGAGAGCAUUUAUUCUUUUACUGUAAAGUCAUUUUAUUAGAUAUAGCUUAAAUACUCUAAAAAUCAACAUUUUUGAGAUCACGUGAUCUAGUUGAGGGUUUGUACACAGGCAGAUUUAUUUAAAAAGCAUCUUUAAAAGCAGAAAAUAGAAGUGAAAGUUGUUGA